AUGAAUAGCUUUAUGAAUACAAUUACUAAAUUAGAUGGAUUCUUUGUUUCUUUCAGUCCUUCAUUUGGGUUGGGAGAAUAAAAAGUAUUUUAUAAAUCAGUUUGGGGUGGGAUGGCUACUAUUAUAAUCUUAACAUUUGUGUUUGUUUACUCAAUAAAUUAAUUCAUUUUAUGGGGAUCAGGUGAUAUGAUAUAUAAAAUUUCAUCAUAAUCAAAAACAAUUAAUGUAGGAAGCCAUUUAGAAUCACUUUUCUAAAAAAAUGAUCCAAUUUAAUAUCUAGACAUUCAAUUCGAGAGUUCAAUAAAUCCAUUCGAUAAUAAUGAAAUGAUCAUUCUCCCAUUACUUUAUGCAAAUAUAGAAGAAACAUUGUAUUUAUUAGAAUACUAAGAUGAUGGUUUUUAAAGUUUAUAUUUGGAGUUGAAUAAUUAACUUUUUAAUGAUUUUAAUAUAAUUUUAGUUAAAUGCAUAGGUAAUGAAGAGUAUUUAAAUGAAAAUUAAAAAUGUGCAAGUUAAGAAUAUAGUGAUUAAUUCUUUAAUUAAAUUGGAUUACUAUCAAUAGUAACAAUUUAUAACGAAGAAUUUGAUUUUUCAACAAAAACUUAUUCUGAUACUGAAACAUAUGUUGAUUUACCAUUUGAUACAAUUUUAAGUAGUGAAGUAAGAAUUUUUACAAAUUAUGAAGUUAUUGAAAUAAAUUAAGGAUUUUUAUUUUAAUAAUCUGAAUAAUAUAUAGUAAAUCGUGGAUCUUCUGCUUAAAUUUACACUUAUACUAAAGAUUAUCAUAAAAAAUUAUAUGAAAGAGAUUUAGGUGUUCUAGAAGUUAUAGGUUCAGUUUAUUUAUAAAUGAAUCCUACAAUAUUUUAUGUAAGAAAUUAAUAUCCAACCAUAAGUGAGGUCUUGGCUAAUAUAGGUUCAAUAAUUUAAACAAUAUUGCUAAUUAGAUAUAUGUUUUAUGCUUUGAAUAGAAAAUAAUUAAAUUCCUAUAUCUAAUCUUAGAUAUUGUCUAAUUACUAUCCUGAAUGGAAAGAUAUUAAGAAAAUCAAAAAGAAUAAAAUCAGUUCUUGUGUUUUAGAUGAUAAAAAGAUAAAUAAAACAAGUAUUUAGAAAUUUGAGAAAGAAGUUACUGAGAUUUUAAAUCUCAAAUUUGAUUACAUUAAUUUAAUAUAUGAAAUACAUCAAAUGUAAAAGAUUUUAUAAUUGAUAACACCAUCAGAUCUACUAUUGAAUAUUCAUUCAAAUUAAUCUAAGUUAUAAUUUUAAGCAGAUUAAGAUUCAAAUGAAUUUAGCAUUUAAAAUGCAUGGUCUUCAUAUGAUGAUUAUUCAAAUACAAUUAAAUAGAAUAAUUUAGAUCCAUUUUUAUUUAGUUAUUAUUGGAAAACAAAGAUGAAGGAUAAUGAUAUUGAUAAAAUAUCAUCUCCUGAAAAUGAAUAAUUAUAAAAAUAAUGUAAACCAACAUAAAUAAAGGAAAAUGUAGAUUUAGUUGUUGAUGAAUUAAGAGUUUAAGAUAGUAAAAUACGACUUGAGAAUAAUGAAUAAAUGAUAUAAGAUUGA